AUGACACUGGGCAGAGAGUACAUGAUUGAUGUGUCCUCAUCUGCUGCAAUGCCAAGCGAUGUCAGUGAGUCUGACAGACAUCUCUACCAUGCCAUUGUCCCUGUGGACUACCAAGCCAGUGGAGUGCUGGAAAAGAACAAACGCUGGGGCGAUGGCCUGCAGCAGUUUCUGGAGAUGAAGCACCAGCUAUCAAUAUCUUCUCUGUCCAGUGUUAGUGGUGAUUACUCUGAUUGGGUAGAGGCGAUUUGCGAGAAGACAUGGGCAGCUGCAGACAGGGGGCAGGUGGUCUUGGUGGUGUGUGAAGAUGUGAAGACUGCAAAUGAGCUUCAGAAGAAGAUGGAACCUCAAUGUCGACAGAUCACCAUGUACACAAUCAGUGAAAGGGAUUACAUUGAGGAAACAACAUUUACAAAGGGAAACAUCAUUAUUGCCACAAACUUGGGAGGACGUGGCACAGACAUAAAAGUGGAUCAUGAGGUGAAUCAGUGUGGUGGACUCUUUGUCCUCCUCACACAUUUUCCCAGUAACCGCAGAGUGGAGAAACAAGUGUUUGGACGUACUGCUAGGAAAGGAAACCCUGGUAUGGUGCAGAUGAUACUCCACCUUGACCAUCUGGAACCAGCAUACCAAGGCCAACCAGUGGAGAUCAUGAGGCAGCUAAGAGAAGAAUAUGAAGUCCAUCGCAUUUCUGAGAUGGAAUCUAAUGAGCUGCUGGUAAAUGAAAUGAAGGAAAAACUGUUUGCCACUUUUUGCAAAUUUCUUAAAGAAUUUGACAAAAAUUACACAAAGCAAGAGAGAGAUAACUUGUUAAAAAUGAAGGCACAUAAUGUGGAAGAUACUAUCAGACGUCAAGGUAAGAAACUUGAUUACAAGCCUGCUCUUGAUGCUCUCAAAGAAGCCUGGGCAUUGUGGCUCACGCUUUCUGAGCAUAAUAUUGAACAACACAAGAAUUUCUCUGACCUGGAAGCUGACUUGUUUGGACAGUUGACCAGUACUUGCAAGAUGAUUUUACUGGGUCAAAGCCAUAAAUUCUAUGACUAUCUCAAACAAGCUGUGAUUAGAACUGACCUGCAUUGUCGCACUAAAACAAAGUGUGACUAUGGAGCAAAAGACUGCUGGCAGAAGGUUGCUGAAUGCGAUCCAUUCUACAGAGCUGUGGCGCUCUACAACCAAGCCUACAUCACAAUAAACUUGGCAAAGAAAGACUAUAAAGCAGAGGCUAUGAAAUUACUUGAGGAGUCAAAGGAGACUGUGGAUGUCUACAUUUCAGAGACAUCAAAUACCGCAGUUGCUGGUCAGAUGGCAAUGAGAGGACACUUUGAGCCGCAUCAUGAUGGUGCUUGCAAUUUUCAAAGCCAGAUGCAAGCUCGGAUGGAUAUUUUCAAAGCUUGGAGAGAGUACAUAGCCAAUGCUCUAGACAAACUUAAAGAAGUUGAGAGAAAUAACGCUGAUGCCAUCACUGAAGAAUCCUCAGUAUAUUCACUCUCAGAUGAGAAGGACUUUGCCACCACAAAUGAGCUCAUGAGCAUGUAUGAGUAUGGUCUUGGAAUUGUGUUUGAAGUAAAACAGAAACCAAAAUUUAAUCUGAGUGCUUUGUUUUGUUUUCUACUUGGUGUAGCCCAGGUUCUAGGUGGUAUUCUUGUUUGUGCAUUAUCCUUUGGCUCUGCCUCUCAGGUUGGUCUUGGAUUGAUUAGUGAGGGUGUCUCUGACAUGAUUAGUGGGUUUAUGGGUAUGAAAACUGGAGUUUUUAGUUGGGCAUCCUGGGCCAUUUCCAAAAGCAUCAGCAUUGGAAUAUCAUUGCUCACUGCUGGAUUUGGAGCAAUCAAGUCAACUGUCAAGUCUGUAUACAAUGCCACAAAAGGCUUACUAAAUGGAACAAAGACCCUCUCCUCUGUUGCUAAAAGUGUCAUCCAAUCAGGGAAAACCACAUUUAUGUCAAUUAAAGCCACUGCCAUGUCAGCAGUCUCUUCAGUAUCUAGAAGCUCAACGAGGAUGGGUACAGAUAUUGUGGUCAAACAGACUUUAAAACAUGCUUGCAAAUAUGCUGGGCAAGAGGUUGUUAAACAGACAACAGUCUAUGCAUUGAACUACGCACUUGAUGCAGGACUUACUGCUGCCUUGAAGAAACUUGUGGAUUCUGUUUUUAGAAAAUCCUUUGAAGAUGAAAUAAAACGAAAUAUUGAUUUAAAUCACACACUUACAUGCUUCAUAUGCCUUGGUGUUCCAAUGUCAGCUCUGCAGAAAGAAGAUAUGGACUUCAAGAUUGACAAAAGUAACGAGAAAGACAUUGAUGCAAUGACAAAAUCAAUGGUCAAUGGUGUUAUUCCUAGUCUCAUGACAGACUGCACCACUGUACAUGAGGUUAUUGACAGACUCGCUGAGGUGAGUGGAAAAGCUUCAGAACUCUUGGACAAAGCAAGAGUACCUGGCAAGGUCCAAGCAAUCAUCAGUGGAAGUCUUGUGAUAGCAAAGUACAGCACAGUCCUAAAGCAAAUCUUGGAAUCUAUCCCAACAAAUAAGGUUGCCAAUGAAAUAUUUGUCCCCAAAUUGAUCGAAGAAUUUAAGCAGCAUGUUGAGAACUAUGACUAUGACAACAGACAUAAUCUCCCUGAUGUGAUACGCCUGAAGGAUGAGCUUUUGGAAACAAUCUCAGGCAUGGUGUACCAGGCAUUCAGUGAGGCAUGUGCCACACAUACAACAACACUGAUGAAAGGGAUUUUCCGGAAGAAGAUUAGUAAGGCAACAGAGGCAAUUGGAAAUACCUCAAGCAAUAUAUUUGGCAGAUACAAAACCAAAGAUUUUUUCCAGGAGCAGCAUCAGAGAUAUAAUAUGAAAUCCACAGGAAAGAUUGUAACAGAGAAUUUGUCUGAAGCCGAAACACAAACUCUUCAGGAUUAUAUAAGUAACAUUUCCAGCACAGACCGUCCAGCUUCUGAACUGGACCUCUAUGUCCUCACACAAAGUGACCUGCUUCAGGGCAAAGGUAUAAAGGUCAUAAUGUCCAACAAAGAUGGACAACCAAUCUAUGAGAAUACCUACCCUGGUAAUAACCCGUCAGAAGGAUGCAUCACUCUCAAACUGACCAGAAAGCCAAAGAAUGCUGAAAAUGAGAGGGGCUUUUUCCAAAGAAUGACAGACAGAGCCCGAGGAGUGCAAAGUCCCCAUGUUGGCCAUUACACAAUUAUCCACCCAGAUGGCUACGAGAUUCCAGUGUUUUCUGAUGGUCCGAACUGCCUGUACCAUGCUGUCAUCCAGGCAACGACUACUGGUCAAGAACAAGACAUCCGACAACAAUCAGAACUUCUGCGCAAUGCAGUACAAAGAGAGCUUAACCAGAACCUUUCGGGAUAUGCUGGGUUAGUGAGACUCCAGAAACACUAUGACGAAUGGCAGAAAACUCCUGGACAAUACUCUGUCAUCGGAGGAGGAACAAAAAGAAGGAAAACAAUAACAACAGGAUGCAAAAAUGAGAUGAUUGAUGAAGACUAUAAGCGUGUGAUCUCACCAAUGAAAACACAUGAGUAUUCUCCUGGGACAUCAGAAUAUCAGAUUGCUGAGGUCCUCCACCUUGGAUAUGUUGGAACAUAUGAAGACCUACGCAAUACAAUCAAAUGUGAACGGGGAACUGUGGAGAAGGAUCAUUUCAUUCCAACGGACACGAUGACUCGAGCUCGAAAAAAUAUAGGUGAUUUAAAGAAUCUGAAAAAUGCAAAGCAAGCAGAGCAUUCUAAUCUGUAUACUCUGGUGACAAAAGAGGACAAAAAUGGACACCUGGCCAUGCAGGUUCUUUAUCAGGACCAUCGUGUUGCCUUGACCACUGGAGCAAGCAAGUGUGCCUCAGAAUGCAGGGCACUGUUGGCUGAUACACUACUGAGUGGGGAUGGUGAGGCCUUGCUGAAACAGGGCAUGAUCAUGGCCAACCCCAUAUCUUCCCAGAACCUCAGAAAACAUGCAGGUAUACAAGUUUGUGCACCUGCAGGAAACUAUCGAACUCUUUCAGAUGCAGGGAGAAAUCUUUACUACAAAGCCGGUUACAUGAAGUUAAUUACUGAGUAUGAGAAGAUGGGCAUCAUUGACCAAAAUGCUCAGGACAGACUGAAGACAUGGGCAAAAGAAGAUCACCACCUGAACAAGAAUACACCUGAAUACAAGCAGAUACUUGAACGUAUCACACCUUCGGGCAGGAAUGAGAGCCAUGCAAUUGCCGGUCAUGGGAAUAAUAAUUUGACAAGGCCUGAAGAAUAGGAAGGGGCCCUCAAAAUCUGUAUUUAACAGGUAUUAUUUUUGGGGCGGGGCCAUCCCGACUCAGAGAUGUAAUACGCAAUGUGCUGAAAGAUGCCUACAUUUUGGUUUGACCCUGGAAUUGAAUGGAAACAGGUCAUUUUUGUACAAGCUCUGUGAUCAAUAUAUUUUUGGCUUGAUGUCAGUGGGUCCUUAUGGUCCGCCCCAUAAUGCAGUGCAACAAUAUUCCGGGCUCAGUCAAGAAUAAUGCAGAAAACAUGUUUGCUAAAACGCAUAGAGCAGUGCGACGACACAUUAAGUGACCAUAUUUUACUCUGUGGCCACAACGCAAGAUAUUAACUAUAAUUAAUUUUGUUGUUAAUCCUCAGUUAUUUUUUAUCAAACCUGUCAUUGGCUGGGUAACUUAUCUGGAAUAUGGAAUGAAGUGUGUUUUCUAAUUGUAUAAUCACACUAAUAGAGAACAGUUCUCAUUGUAUACUCAUUGUAUGGUCACACUAAUAGAGAAGAGUUCUCAUUAUAUACUCAUUGUAUGAUCACAUUAAUUGGAACGUAUAUACAUGCACUAAAUUCUGAAAUACUUAAGUUCUUUGUGAGGUCUCUCAAGACCAGGAAUGCAGGUUCCAUAUCUAUCGCCCAAUGCCAACCAGGAGGCAAAAUGUGUGUGUGUGUGUGUGUGUGUGUGUGUGCGCGUGUGUACGUGUGUCUGUCUUUCUUCCUCUCUCCUUUUCUCUCCCAUUGCAUUUGACCUACUUGAAUCCCAGGCUCAAGGAUAUAAGGCCCAUCUUAUCACAAGAGCCAGAGGAGACACUUCAUCUUGAAUCCUGGAAAAACAUACAACUCUGGAAGUUAUCCCUGAUUUAGAACCGUUGGUGUGAGGUUGGGCUAGGGGUCAUCCAAUAUGCAUGCUAUAUGAUGAGAUCUAACCAAUCAUUGACUUUGUUUAUAUUACUAUAUGCUAAUGUAUUAACCGUGUACCAAUCAGAGGUACAAUUAUGUAUGUUGCUAUAUUCCAGAGGUAGGAUAAUCUAUGUAUUAGCAAGACACUUUUUGAUUAAAUAUGGGGGAGACUGCCUCUGUCUCUUCAGUUCAUGCUUGAACACCUUGUGUGUGUAAGUACUGGACUCUUUCUGCAGAUAAAUAAAUCCUUUUCUUCUUGGAUA